CUCACAUCAUGGCGGACGUGGCUGCAGAGCAGAAGCUGGUCCCCGACCGGGAGCUAAACGGCGAGGCGGAGGACCGGGAGGAGAUCCAGGAGGAGGCUGAGCCGGUAGAGGAGACGGCCAAGAAGAAGAAGAAAAAGAAGAAGAAGAAGGACAAGUCCGCCACGACAGGCUCCGAGGCAGAGACAGAUGGCGGCGUGUCCGAAGUGAGCAAACAGCUGGAGAAGCAGGCGAUAGACGACAAAGAGAAGGAGGAGGACGGAGAGGAAGAUGGAGACGAGGGUGAAAACACUGCAGGGAAAAAAAAGAAGAAGAAAAAGAAGAAGAAAGGACCUAAAACUCAGACUGAUCCCCCGUCUGUGCCCAUCUGUGAUUUAUAUCCAAGUGGAACGUUUCCCUUCGGACAGGAGUGUGAAUACCCCACCUUACAGGACGGUCGCAGUGCAGCGUGGCGUACGACCAGCGACGAGAAGCGAGUGCUGGAUAAAGCCAACGAGGAGGUUUGGAACGACUUCAGACAGGCAGCCGAGGCCCACAGACAGGUCCGCCAGCAUGUCCGCAGCUUCAUGAAACCAGGCAUGACCAUGAUAGAAAUCUGCGAGCGGUUGGAGGAUUGUUCCAGGAAGCUGAUCAAGGAGAACGGGCUGAAUGCCGGCCUGGCUUUCCCCACCGGCUGCUCUCUGAACCACUGUGCUGCCCACUACACUCCCAACGCCGGAGACCCCACCGUUCUGCAGUACGACGACGUCUGCAAGAUCGACUUCGGCACGCACAUUAACGGGCGAAUCAUUGACUGUGCCUUCACCGUCACUUUUAACCCAAAGUAUGACAAGCUGCUGGAAGCCGUGAGAGACGCCACCAAUACUGGAAUCAAAAACGCCGGUAUCGACGUGCGUCUGUGUGACGUCGGAGAGUCGAUUCAGGAGGUGAUGGAGUCAUACGAGGUCGAGCUUGACGGCAAAACCUACCAAGUGAAGCCAAUCCGAAACCUGAACGGUCAUUCAAUCGGACAGUACAGGAUACACGCUGGCAAGACGGUGCCCAUCGUUAAAGGAGGAGAAGCUACGAGAAUGGAGGAGGGAGAAGUUUACGCCAUCGAGACGUUCGGCAGCACAGGGAAAGGAGUGGUCCACGAUGACAUGGAGUGCUCUCACUACAUGAAAAACUUUGACGUUGGUCACGUUCCCAUCAGGCUGCCGAGAGCGAAGCACCUGCUCAACGUGGUCAACGAGAACUUUGGCACGUUGGCGUUCUGCCGGCGCUGGCUGGACCGCCUCGGCGAGAGCAAGUACCUGAUGGCCCUGAAGAACCUGUGUGACCUGGGAAUCGUGGACCCUUACCCGCCACUCUGCGACACCAAGGGCUGCUACACCGCUCAGUUCGAGCACACCAUCCUGCUCAGGCCCACCUGCAAGGAGGUGGUGAGCCGGGGAGACGACUACUGACACCCCAACCCCCCCACCUUUCACCCUAACACCACCCACCUCCUCUCAACACCACCACUCGUCCUCCUCCUCUUCCUCCUUAUUCACCUCCACCACCACACAGGACCCCCGUUAGCAGCUCCUCCUCCUUCAGAGAAUCAGCUCAAACAGCGGCGGCCCCCCCAAAAAAAAGAAACGCUACUGUAUUCUACCCACAAUGCACCACUCUCACAUAGCUUUGCAAUGAAGAAGGACUGGCUGAGUUUGUUUUUCUAUCACAGCUUUAACGAGCACACAGCGUUAACGAGUUUCUGUCGGAGGGAAGCGUUCAACACAUUAUAGAAA